UUUAGAGAUUAUAUGAAACGUCCUUCACCGUAAAUGUCAAAAUGAAAGUCCGCGAUAAAACAGGCCGUUACAAGAAAGUUGUGAAUUCUCGGCGAUUAAAGAAGCAGUCGAAUGUUAUAGAAGAUCACAAUUAUGUUGGAGCACAUUUGUGUAAUGGACAAGACUGUGAAUGCCAGCCGAAAUUGCCUAAAAAUGUGUCAAGGAUGGGCUGGAAGACAGGUCGUAGAAUCGUUGAGUUUGAUGUUCUUCUUUCUGGUUUAAAGUGUUGCAAAUUCUGUGGUCUUGGACCAGUUCCACUGACGCUUUUUAACAUUGUGGGCGAGUUACAGAGGGGUCUUGGGGGAUACCUUUAUGUGAAAUGUACAAAUAAUGACUGUGAAGAAAUUAACAUUGUUCCUUAUGGGAAGACACAUCGUCGGGAAAAGUCGAAGGGAAUUCCAAGUUUUGUUGUCAACACGAAGCUGGGAACCGCAAUGAUCGACAGUUUAGGUGGGCCCGUACGUGUAAAUAGCUUCCUGGCUGCAUUGAACCUGAAGCCAAUUAGUAACAAAAACCUAAAGACCAUGGAGAGACGGGCUGGAAACAUUGUUGAACAUGUGGCCGACAUGUCAACUUGUGAGGCAGCCAAGGAUGCCUUCCAUCAAGAAAUGAAGGAAGUGGCUGAAGCUGAGUCCAAGAGAGCUGCUGACAGGAUGGAAGGCCUUAUCGAAGAUCUUGGUGUAUGUCCACUUCCAGAUGUCUCCCCUAAACUAAAAUUGAUGUUACAACCUGACAACCAGGUGGAUGAUGAUUGGACUGAUGUAGAUGAGGAUAAUGAUGAAACUGAUAAUGUGAGACUCUCCUCCGCUUUGAAAAGGAGACGUUAUCAAGUUAGAAAACAUAAAAAAAACAUCCAAUGCUGUCUCGGGCACAGAAAACACCAUCAAGUCGAGUUUGUCUGGCAUCGAAGUUCCCUUGUCACUCUAGAACAGGAAUGUCUUGUGCUGUAGAUACUGCCUGGCACAAACGUGGCUUUGACAGCUUGACUUCUCACACCUUCUUCAUGAGCAAGGCACAGUAUGGAAAGAAAGUAGUGAAAGCAGUCGUUAGUCAUCGGACAUGCGGAGUUUGCAAAUGGUGGAAAAGAAAUAGACCUUCAGAGGCAGUACGAAAUCAUCGUUGUGUUCAUGAUCACACAGGAAGUGCCAGGCUUAUGGAAAGUGUAUCGGGUGAGCGGGGUGUAUGUGAGCUACACAAGGACGGAACCCCUGUGGAAGUGAUUGAAGGCGAUGGAGAUAACACCAUGAUAGCUCGUCUGAAAUCCAAAUCAAACAUUAGCUUGAAAAAGA